CUCCUCCGCUGGCCUGAUCUCCCCUCUCUGCUGCACCAUUGCGAUGCCACGGCUGCAGCGCUAAGCACGCUUCAUUUAAGUGGGCCACCUGUCGUAAACCUCCACUCUCCCUUUCUUUCCUCCAACGUGGUUUCAGACAAUGCCUAACAUCGUGCUUUUUAGCGGGAGCUCGCACCACGACCUGUCGCAGAAAGUGGCUGAUCGGCUCGGGCUGGAGCUGGGGAAAGUGAUAACCAAGAAAUUCAGCAACCAGGAGACAUGUGUGGAAAUCGGGGAGAGCGUGCGCGGAGAGGACGUGUACAUCGUGCAGAGCGGCUGUGGCGAGAUCAACGACAACCUGAUGGAGCUGCUCAUCAUGAUAAACGCCUGUAAGAUCGCCUCCUCGUCCCGCGUCACCGCCGUCAUCCCCUGCUUCCCCUACGCCCGGCAGGACAAGAAGGACAAGAGUCGAGCACCCAUAUCGGCCAAGCUGGUGGCCAACAUGUUGUCUGUAGCCGGGGCCGACCACAUCAUCACCAUGGACCUCCACGCGUCGCAGAUCCAGGGUUUCUUCGACAUCGCUGUAGACAACCUUUACGCAGAGCCCGCCGUGCUCCAAUGGAUAAGGGAAAAUAUCCCAGAAUGGAAAAACUGCAUUAUCGUGUCUCCAGAUGCCGGCGGCGCAAAACGCGUGACGUCCAUCGCAGACCGUCUGAACGUGGACUUUGCCCUCAUCCACAAAGAGAGGAAGAAGGCCAACGAAGUGGACCGCAUGGUGCUGGUGGGUGACGUCAAGGACCGCGUGGCCAUCCUGGUGGACGACAUGGCCGACACCUGUGGCACCAUCUGCCACGCCGCCGACAAGCUGAUUGAUGCCGGCGCAGUAAAGGUCUACGCCAUCCUCACGCACGGCAUCUUCUCCGGUCCGGCCAUCUCUCGCAUCAACAGCGCCCCGUUCGAGGCCGUGGUGGUGACCAACACCAUCCCGCAGGAAGAGAAGAUGAAGGCGUGCCCCAAAAUACAGGUCAUCGACAUUUCCAUGAUCCUGGCGGAGGCGAUCAGGAGAACCCACAACGGCGAGUCUGUGUCCUACCUCUUCAGCCACGUGCCCUUGUAAAGAAUGAGAGAGGGCGCCCCCCCGUCUCUCCCCCUCCCUCCCCCGUCGGGCCACUCGGCUGGCACUUUUUGCCACAUAUCCUCCAGAAAGGCCGGCAAACGGCCUGGUAUUUUUUGUUUUGUUUUGUUUUGGCAAACCCAAUAUGACUGUUUAAAGGUCACGCCCACACAUGGUCUUUGACAUUCUCACCAAGGAGACAGAGCCAAAUAUAAUUUCCUCCUCUAAUGACCAAGUUUUUAUUUAUGAGUAUCUCUUUUUUUUUCCUGUUUAUUUUUUUUUUCUUCUAAUGUUUCAGUUUCGGUCUUGCCAACCUGGCCUUCACUUUGACCAAAGGCUCCACUAUGUAACAAUGUGUUUGUACCUCAUAAUGAACUCACUUAAAUUAGCAUUCCACAACGUCAUGUGAUUAGAAAUAUUUCUGCUUCACAAAGUUAUAAAAAAAAAUAGUCAAAAAUGGGUUUUUAAAAAAAAUCACCUUUCCCCCUUAGUGUUGCUUUAACGGCUACUAAAAGUAUUAAAAUAAUAUAACCCUUUACUAGCUAUAUUGAUUGUAAUAGUUCAUGCUUCAUCAGUUUGAAGGUGCACCACAAGUGGAAAUGUGUUGAUUUGACCUCAGGCACAAAUGGGUGUAAAAUUAAAGAAAACUUAAUUUUCUUUUUAGUGAGCCUCAUGAAUGUGCUGAUGCAUCUUUUACCUCUGCUGUGUAACUUCUCCCACAAUAAGCUGCUGUCACCCCGUGGUGGCUCAUCACUGACAACCUUCUUAUAUUAAUUGUGCUUGAAAACUAGUAAGAUUUAGAGACAACUUUCCAAACUCUGACAGGUCUGUUGUUGAUGAAAAUCGUCUGAUACGAGGUGUAGGUGGGUGUUUCACCCACGUUCCAAAAGGUCAUGAAAACAAAUUGAGCCCGAAGCUUGUUAAAGAUUUCAAUUGUCAUCACAGCUCUAACGGGUCACUUAAGUUCAAGAGAGGCAGGUUUCACUGUUUGCCUCUAGAUGGAUUAAAAAAUGUUGGUGAAAUAAGCGUGAUCUUUAUUUUUUUUUCUCUUUUUUUUGAUAUGUAACACUUUGAGCUGUUUCUUUGACAAUAAAGCUUUGACAAUGGCUUACAGAUGCUCCUCGUUGCUUUUCUUUUA